GUCAUGAGAAAAAGGAGAAGUGGCAAUAAAACAGGUCAUUAUCAGUCACCACACAGGGAACAGAGACAGAGAAAAGCAUCAGAAACAGAGAGUUUAAAGAGACUUAAUACAUAAUACUAAAUGCGUCGUGUGUGAGCAUUAUAAUGCCAUCAGGCUUGAUUAGUAAUUUCAGUUAAAUAUGGUUUUCGAAUGCAGUUGUUAAACGGAAAAUUGCAGUGUGAUAAAAGUGCUUGUUUACACUAAGCACAUACCGGGUUGAGCAUGGAACGAGUUUUGACUUUAGUAUUGCUGUGUGUGCUUCGAGCAUGGGCAGAAAUCCCUGAUGUUAAGAAUGUUUCAGUAAUUGGUCAAACAGAGGAAACAUUAACAUUUGAAUGGAAAGUUGAAAAUAAAAGUUACAGUUAUAUGUUGGAAAGAAAUGGAUUUGGAAACUAUGUAGUCAAUGCAUCAGAACAUGAUCAUUUAAAUUUUACAGUCAAAGAUCUGUCUCCUGGGACUAAUUACUCUUUCACACUCUACACUGUGUUUGAAAAUUAUUCAAGCAAAGGAUUAAACUUCUCUGAGGUAACUGUUCCAUCUAAUGUUGACAGUGUUUCAGUCAUCAGUCGGAAAGAGAACAAUAUAAAAUUACAAUGGAGUAAAGUCAACAACAGCAACGAUUACAGCUAUGAGCUGAAAUACAGGGAUAAAAAAAACUCUGUAACUCCUGAAUCACAAACGAAUACAGUGGAAUAUAAUGUCACAUAUCUGGAUGCUGGGACGCAAUACUCCUUUACACUCUACACUGUGUUUGGACAUGUACUGAGCAGUGGAUACACGUUCACCAAUGUAACCAUGCCAUCUAAUGUUCAAAAAGUGAACGUGACGAGCAAUGACACCGACAUUAUCUUACAAUGGGACGUUGUACCAAACAUAGACAAUAACUCUUACAAGUAUGCUCUCGAAAACAGAGCUGAACAACCAGUGAAUUGCAAUAAUCAAACUGGAGAAACAUGCCAUAUAUCAGGUUUGAUCCCUGCGACAAAUUACAGCUUCACUCUGUAUACAGAGUUUGCUGAUCUGAGAAGUACUGGAUUCAGCUUUUAUAGCAUCACAAGUCUAUCUGACAUAACUGGAGUUACAGUCAAUCGUUCACAGACACAGCUGACUAUCUCAUGGAACAAGUUAAACAAUAAUAGCAUCUACAACUACACCUUGAAAAGUCAGGGGGGGACUGAGAAACAUUUCACUGGAUCUGAUAUGGAAGAUGUGAUUACACAUACUUACCCAUAUCUCACACCAGGCACUGAACAUAGUUUUACUCUCUUUACUGUGGUGAACAAUAUGUUAAGCAGAGGAUACAGCUUUACGAACGUCACUACCCUUAACUGUGAAUCCUUUAGCUGGACAGUUACCAACUCAUCAAUUAAGGCUGAUGUGAACGGUUCCACAUACGUGUCGGCUCAAAGUAGCACCGGAAGUGAUAAAAAUGGCUCUGUAAAUGACAACAAAGUGAAUCUGCAAGAUCUGUAUCCUGGAGAAAGCUACACUGUUUCACUGUUUUAUGACUUGCAGUCAGAGAAACUGCUACAAUGCACACACCGCCUGACAUUAGUUCCAAAUAGUGUAUCCAAUCUGCGGUGUAAAUAUCAUUCUGGCGGGUAUGGUCUGGCUGUAAUUUGGGAACAUUCAGGUGGCGUUGUGGAUGUGUUCCAGGUGGAUGUUGAAAGACGAAGUUUCAACGUAACACCUAGUUCAGACAAAACAAUGAGACAAGAUAUAAAUGACUUGCAAGUUGCCCAGUGGUACAAAGUGACGGCGUCAUCUUUUUCUGGAGCCGUGAAGAGUCAAACAGUAUCAAUCAACUGCCAAACAGAUCCAGCAGGUGUUAUAGCAGGAGUGCUUGUGUUUUUCCUCUUGGUCAUCAUUAUCUGUGUUGCUGUAUUUGCAUGGCGCCGCUAUGGUUCUGCAAAGCGUAAUAGAAUGCCCAAGCCACCAAACGUGCCCAACAAAAACUACAAACCGAUUCCCUUGGAUAAAUUUCCAGAACUUUAUCAAAGCAUGAGUCGUGACGAGAAUAGAGGUUUCAGUGAAGAAUAUGAGGACUUGAGUUCAGUUGGUAUAGAACAGUCUUGCAUAGCAGCUCUUCUGCCUGAAAACAAGGACAAAAACCGAUUUUCCAAUGUUUUAGCCUAUGACUCCUCUAGAGUGCAUCUCACCAUAAAGGAUGAGGGUGACUCUGAUUAUAUAAAUGCUAACUACAUGCCUGGCUAUGGCAAUGCAAGCAGACAGUAUAUUGCUGCUCAAGGUCCACUGCCAUCCACCGUCAAUGACUUUUGGAGAAUGGUUUGGGAGAAAAGAUCACAGGCCAUUGUCAUGGUAACCAACUGCACUGAGAGUGGAAGGGUCAAGUGUGAGCAAUACUGGCCACUGGACUACACACCGUGUCUCUAUGGGAAUCUUCUUGUCACCGUGAAAUCAGAGGAUAAAUUUCCAAGUUGGACUCUGCGGGAAUUUAACGUCAAAAAUAAAGACACAUCAGAGACACGAACAGUGAGGCACUUCCACUUCACAGCAUGGCCGGAUCACGGUGUUCCCGUGGGCACAGAAGACCUGAUCCAAUUCAGAGGUCUCGUCCGUCAGCAUAUAGAGAGCUCUUUCUCCGCAGGGCCGACAACUGUACACUGCAGUGCCGGGGUUGGCAGGACAGGUACCCUGAUAGCACUGGACGUCCUGCUACAGCAGGUGCACAAAGAGAAAGCAGUGGGAAUUGAAGCAUUCGUCCGGCAAAUGAGACUAAGCCGACCACUAAUGGUGCAAACUGAGUCUCAGUAUGUGUUCCUGCACCAGUGCAUCAUGGAUACUCUACAAGCCAAAGCUGGGCCUAAGUCAGAGCCUCUCUACGAAAACUCAGAUAUGAUCUAUGUCAACGCAAUAGCAUUACAAGAAUAUGACAAGCAAAGUCAAAUAUGAACAGAAACAUAAGCCAUAUCAUAUGGUCAAAUGGCCUAUUUCAAAUACAUACCCUUAAAUAAAUAAAAAUUAAAAUCCUG